CGAUGCCAGACACACCGCCACACAAACACCACUACACCUCCCUCCGCUCCCUCAUGCACAGCCCAGAUCCCGGCAACCCCGCCAAGCGUGACUCCCUCACCCCGCGCCAGCCACGCCCAAGUCGCAACAGCAGCAGCUCACGCAGCCGCGAACGCAGGCUGGAUCCUCCCAGAAAGGCAGACAAGGACAAGGGCCGCUUAUCGACAUGGAAACUCAUGUGCCUCACCGUGUCCAUGGGCGGGAGCCAGAUCGCGUGGACAGUGGAACUGGGAUACGGAACGCCCUAUCUCCUCUCGCUCGGCCUCUCGGAACAGCUCACUUCUCUCGUCUGGCUCGCCGGGCCUAUAUCCGGCCUCAUCGCCCAGCCGCUCAUCGGUGCCAUUUCAGAUUCCUCGCAUUCUCGCUACCGGAGGCGGUACUGGAUUGUAACAUCGACCAUGCUGCUCGUAUUUAGCGGUCUCGGUCUGGCUUUCACAGAACCUAUUGCCAAAGCUUUGGUCGAUUUGAUAGGCGGCGGCCAAGGCGACUGGGAUCCAAAGACUAUCAGAUUGGUGAAGAACACGGCUAUCGGUAUAGCCGUCUUCUCAUUCUACUGCCUUGACUUCGCCCUUAAUGCUCUCCAAGCUUCCCUCCGCAAUCUUGUCCUCGACAUCACGCCAGGUGAACAACUUGCCACCGCCAAUGCUUGGCAUGGACGCUUCAACCAUGUGGGUAACAUUGUGGGGUUCACCAUGGGUUUCUUAAAUCUCAGUCAUGUACCGAUUAUCCGUUUGGUCGGAGGCGGUCAGUUUCGUAAAGUAUGUAUCGUGGCGUUGGUACUGUUGGUCAUGACCGUGUGGAUCACGUGUUGGACGCAAGAAGAAAAGGAAACGGAUAGUAUUUUUGGCGAAAGGCGCUCGAAAAUACGAGAUGUAGUGGGUACAAUCUACGAAGCGGUACUCCAUCUUCCAAAACCCAUUCGCCGAGUUUGCAUCGUACAAAUCGCCGCAUUCAUGGGAUGGUUCCCGUAUCUUUUCUACUCUACCACUUACGUCGCCGAAGUCAUGGCCAAAGAAUUACAUCAUAAACCUGAUAUCGAUCGAGCCACCCGAGCUGGUAGCCUGGCCCUUUUGAUCUAUUCUUUCGUCGCCAUCAUCGCUGGGACACUUCUCCCUUACCUCGCCGCGCGAGAUCGCCGACUGCUCAAACCCACUUCGGAAAAACUGCGAGAUGGCGAGAUUGAGAUUGAAAACGAAGAUGAAGAAGAUGAAGAGCAUGUGGAGAUGGAGAGGAUCAGAGAGAUGGUACAGCAGUGGAAAGCCGAGGCUGCUAGAGAGGGAAGACCUCUGAAAUUGCCUACUAUGCCGUUCAUGUUGAGAAAUAUUUGGACGGCGGGCUUGGUCAUUUUCGGGUGCUUGAUGAUGUCCACGUUCUUCAUCACAAAGGUCUGGCAAGCAACAGUGAUGAUCGCUUUGGUAGGCAUCUGUUGGGCUAUUGCUUGUUGGGUACCGUUUGCAAUCAUCAUGGAGUUCCUCAAAGAGCUCGACGACAAGCCUCCUCCCCGAAUAUCAGACGGUCGCCCCCGUCCCACCCACGCGCGCACGGCUUCCACCCCCCUCGGCUGGCGAUCACAUCCCACCAGCCCUGCAGGCCGCGCCUCCCCCGACGAACGUACACCACUUGCCAGAAGCUACUCGACCGCCGAUCUUGAUGGCGCUAAUGAAAUGGAAUAUACCGGCCAGGGACCAGUAGCUGGCGGGACUAUUAUGGGUAUCCAUAACCUCGCCAUCGUUUUCCCUCAAUUUAUCAUUGCAGUCGUAGCCUCUAUCAUUUUCAAGCUAGCCGACACUCAGCCCGACAUCCAGCCCACCUCGCCCGAAAUCGGUGGACCGCACGGUCAAGAUAAGAAUGGAGUCGCCUGGGUCCUCCGGUUCGGCGGGUUGAUGGCGUUUGUGGGGGCUUUGGUAUCGAGGAAAGUACCGCCUACCAAGACUGAAAAGGCGAUGAGGAGGAGAUUGGCGGAUAUGAGGGAGGAAAGUGCAGAGUGAGAGAUGUAGGCGGCGAGCGAGAGAAAUGUCAGAGUGGAAAGGUCGGAUUGGGACGUGUUAUGUGUAUAUAUGCGGAGGAGAGUUGACCGAGUUUAGUCUUGUUAUUUACAUG